UCCUCUUUUUUUUUCAUUUUAUUUCUGAUUUUUGAUUAUACUAGGGUCGAGGAAAAUUUCGUAGUAUUUUGGAAACGGGGCUCCAGGAGUUGACGUUACGCUCUUACGCAACGACUCUGAUCUCUUUCUUUCUUCGUCUCUCUCGUGCGUACGCAUGAAACUGUGACAGUCCGCAAUAAAGCCGCGAUAAAGCGACCUACCUUGACCUUGUCGGCGUCGCGGAAGACGGAUUUUUUUUUGAAAAUGAAUAAUAACUCGCGCAUCCCGAUGUGGUGGAUUUUUCCACAAUCGAGGAGCGCUUCAAAGAUUGUUCGACAUGUUUUCGACGAAAUAAACUAUUAUUUAUUUUUUAAAUAAAUAAUUCCGCGCGUUCUGAGACUUUUGGCCAAAUUUUCAGCCGCAGGAGAUAAAACGCUUCCUUUGCAAGAUCUUUACAUCCGCGUUCGUCCUUUGCUGACGCAAAAAUACCCAAAUUUUGGACGCGAGGCGCUUUAAUUCGCGCUGUCUUCCCGGAUGGCACGCGAGCGAGCGCGCACGCGCGGGGCGCGGGCGCGCAUACGCGAGGCACAGGCGCACAUGCGCAGGGCGCGCGGCGCGAGACAGUCGACGUGCGAAACAAACGAGAGGCGCGCGCCGCGCCGGGAUCACGUAGACGCGCUCCGAAUGAGAGCGGCUCGGGAUCCGCGACGAGAAAAAUCGACGAUUCACUUCCGAAGUGCGCCCCGCGUCGGUUGUGUCCGAUUACGUCGAUCGACAGGGGGUAGUCCACGUGAAUUCGCGAUGGCGAGGCGCGUCUGAGACCGCCUCGGGGAAGAUUCUUGAGAUUGAAAAAAUUGUACUCUCGCCGUCUCACGAUGAUGAUCGCUUCGAUCGUUAAUUUGGGCAAAUAAAAAAAUUCGUAGAAGUUCGCGCGUGUUUUGGAUCCCGAGAGGAAGAGGAAAAGAACGGCGAGGAGGUGCAAGUGAUUCGCCACCUCGCCAUUUCUACGGUUUAAAGACAGGAUGAUCGGGCCUUCGUCGGGGACCGGUGAAGUCACCGAGAGUCGCGCGUCCUCCAAAAGGAAGGUUUUCGACGAUCUAGACAUCGACAGUCCCAAACGAAAGAUCUUCGAUGAGCUGGACAUCGACAGUUUCUGCGAGGAGAUCCGCCAGACGAACCGCAAGCGUUAUCUCCAGGAACUCGAGACUCCGGAGGAGUUAGUGGCUACGUCGAACGAAAUCAUCACCGACGCGGCGACCCUCUUUUCGCCAAUAUCCGCUCAGGAGAUCGUCGAGGAGUCGCAGGUGGCGCAUCUUGAGGUGCUAUUGGUAGACGGCACCAACUGCACCUGGACAACCAUGUCGGAACUGGAGCAACAGCAAAACCUGGACGUUCUCGUGACCUCGUCCUCUUCGUUGUCCUUGUCGUCGUCGUCCUCGUCGUCGACCACCUCCGACCGUCAUCCGCCUGAAACCUAUGCCGUCGAGGAGACUAAUUAUCAGCCGGCGAUGUCGAUGAAUUAUUGGCAACCCGGCGUCGUACCCGCGGCAUCGCCCGCCAACUCGAACUUUCAGCAAAAUAAGGGAACGAUGAAUAAUAAUCAGCAACAGCAACAGUUCGAAGACCAGGAAAACGGGAAUCUGUCGUGGCUGCUGGACUUUAAACUCGACUCGUUCAUCGAAGCCGCGGACGACAGAUCCACCGUGGGACCCACCUUGAUAAAGGACAAUCAUUGCGGCAACAAGAACAAACCGAACGGACGGUCGCACAGUUCCAAUUAUGCCAAUGACAUCAGAAGAGGACACGAGAACUCAUCGAUGUAUCGACAAGACUUGAAUCAGACGACUUAUCCCGCCAACGGAUUCGACAACCGGAAUUUUUCGCGAUCCAACGGACCGAAAAAACCUCCCUUCACCUACACGGAAUUGAUAGAGCAUGCUUUGCAAGAAAGAGGCGAGCUCACGGUCUCUGCGAUCUACCAAUGGAUCUCAGAGCAUUUCCCUUAUUACAAGAGCAACGAUGAUCGUUGGAAGAAUUCCGUCCGGCACAAUCUCUCGAUAAAUCCGCAUUUUCGCAAAGGCUCGAAGGCGCCUCAUGGAGCUGGUCAUCUCUGGGCAAUCGCGAAUCGUAGCGAUUGUAGACCUCGUCCGCUCGCUAUUAAUGGAUCAGCAACCACUACACCGAUGCAACAAGUUGCACAGAACGAGUGCGACGAAUCCAGGAGUAACAAAAUCAUCAGCGAAAUCAUGGACGAAGUGGAGGCUGCGACGGCGAGCAUCGCGCAGCCGAAUCCUGAGGAUGAUACUGACAAUAUACUGAACCCUGUAACGCUCGAGGACUCCGCCGAGCAAAUACUCAACGGAAUAAAACGCGAGGUGGAAGUGCAAUACCUAGUUCCCAUGAUGGUGGCCAACAGUGAUCAUGAGGCGAAUCAACAGAAUCAACAAAUCGUCCAACAAACGGAGUUUCAAUGUCCCUUCAAAGAGAGCGAUUUCCUGAAUCCGGUGUCCAAGGAAGUCGUCGCCGAGGAAUGCGGACUCGUGAGCGAGGGAUACCUAGUGACGGAUCUGAAUCCGAACGCCUUUGGGUUGAACGUGAUCGACCCCGAGAUCAUAGGCUCGGAGAACCUCUUCGGCGAGGAGCUUAGCUUCCAGUUUUAUGAAUUGACAUCACCGUCGCAGCUGCAAUCCGCCUGA